GGUUACAACUUACAACAAGGUUCUGGAGCUAUCACAUCCCUUAGAUCAAUAAACUUGGUUUAAUUACUUAGAUGGCUGGUAGCAGCCUAUAAAACCCCGAUAGCUGGAUGGCUCCGCCCACCAUAUUUUGAGUUAGCUAGCGACCGAACAUAUUGUGAGCUCAACUCCCCGUCCGUACCGUUCGUCGCCCGCACCGAGUGAGAUGUGGAGGCUGAAGGUGUCGGAGGGUGGCGGACCGUGGUUGCGGUCCGUGAACAACUUCCUUGGCAGGGCAGUGUGGGAGUUCGACCCCGAUCACGGCACCCCGGAGGAGCGCGCCGAGGUCGAUAGAGUCCGCCGGGAGUUCACCCAGCGCCGCUUCCACAAGAGGGAGUCACAGGAUCUUCUUAUGCGUAUGCAGUAUGCAAAACAAAAGGACCUUCAGGCGGAUCUUCCGGCCAUCAAGCUUGUAGAUAGUGCAGAAGUCACGGAAGGGACUAUGUUAAUAUCCUUGAGGCGAGCCCUUAGUCAACACUCCGCUCUGCAAGCACAUGAUGGGCAUUGGGCUUGCGAUUUCAGUGGAAUUAUGAUCAUUAUGCCUAUAUUGAUAUUUGCUCUACAUGUUACUGGAUUACUCCAUACCGUCCUUUCAACGGAACAUCGACGUGAGAUUUGUCGCUAUAUUUACAACCAUCAGAAUGAAGAUGGUGGUUGGGGCACGCAAGUGUUGGCGCCGAGCACAAUGUUUGGAUCAUGCUUAAACUAUGUUACCUUGAGGCUUCUUGAUGAAGUGGACAAUGAAGCCUUGACCAAGGGACGUGCUUGGAUUCUAUCGCGUGGAAGUAUUGUUGCAAUACCACAAUGGGGAAAGAUAUGGCUCUCGGUGAUCGGUUUGUAUGAAUGGUCUGGAAAUAAUUCGAUCAUUCCUGAAUUAUGGCUUGUCCCACAUUUUCUUCCAUUUCAUCCAGGACGAUUCUGGUGCUUUUGCCGGUUGGUUUAUAUGCCAAUGUCUUAUCUUUAUGGAAAGAAGUUUGUUGGUCCAAUUACACCAACAAUAUUGGCAAUAAGGGAGGAGCUAUAUAGCACACCAUACCAUGAGGUCAAUUGGAAUAAAGCACGUGUUACUUGCGCCAAGGAAGACCUUCGUCAAACACAAUCAUUGCUGCAAAAUGUUAUUUGGACAUGUCUUAAUAAAUUUGUGGAACCAGCAUUGAAUUGCUGGCCAAUUAAUAAGCUAAGAGCCAAAGCACUGAAAAAUCUCAUGAAACAUAUGCAUUAUGAAGAUGAAAGUACUCAAUAUAUCGGUAUAUCUCCAAUUAACAAGGCACUAGAUAUGAUUUGUUGUUGGAUUGACGAUCCAAAUUCAGAUGCACUGAAGUUACAUAUUCCAAGGAUCUAUGAUUAUUUUUGGCUUGCAGAAGAUGGCAUGAAAGCACAGGUGUACGAUGGUUGUCAAAGUUGGGAGAUAGCUUUUAUUAUCCAAUCCUAUUGCUCAACGGACCUUGUUAAUGAGUUUAUUCCAACACUUAAAAAAGCCCAUGAGUUCUUGAAAAGUUCACAGGUUCUUGAGAACCAUCCCGACAGCGAAGCUUAUUACCGCCAUAGAUCGAAAGGUUCAUGGACACUUUCAACAGCAGAUAAUGGCUGGUCCGUAUCAGAUUGCACCGCAGAAGCACUUAAGGCAUUAUUUCUAUUGUCAAAGAUCUCUCCCAAUCUUGUGGGGGAGCCCAUAAAAGGACAAAGGUUGUAUGAUGCAGUGGAUUGCUUACUUUCUUUCACGAACAAAGAUGGUACAUUUUCUACAUACGAGUGUAAGAGAACUACUUCAUUGAUAGAGGUUCUCAACCCUUCGGAGUCAUUUUUGAAUAUUAUGGUCGAUUAUCCAUCUGUCGAAUGCACAUCAUCAGUGCUUGAAGCCUUGAUUAUGUUUAGUGAAAUUUACCCGGGGUACCGCAAAGCUGAGAUAGAAAAAUGCAUAAAAAAUGCUUCCAUGUUUAUUGAGGAUAGUCAACGAAAGGAUGGCUCAUGGUUUGGCACUUGGGGUAUAUGUUUCACUUAUGGAACAUUCUUCGCUGUAAAAGGAUUAAUUGCCUCUGGAAGUACAUAUGAAAAUAGUUCCUUCAUAAGCAAAGCAUGCAACUUUCUGUUAUCAAAGCAGCUAAGUACAGGUGGAUGGGGUGAGACUUAUCAUUCUAGUGAAACUGAGGCUUAUGUGGUUGCUACUAGUCCUCACGCAGUCAACACUGCAUGGGCAAUGUUGGCUUUAAUUUAUGCUGGGCAGGUAUGUUUUGUUAACAAUUCAUUUUUAAACUAUUCUGAUAUCCAUAUGAUAUUUCCAUACCAUGGUCAUUCUAUUCAGGUAGAACGAGAUCCCACACCACUAUAUCAUGCUGCAAAAGAAUUGAUGAAUAUGCAACUAGACACAGGGGAGUUUCCCCAGCAAGAACAUGUUGGGUGCUUCAAUUGCUCCUUUUACUUCAACUAUGGCAACUACUGCAACUUAUAUCCCAUUUGGGCUAUUGGAGAGUUUCGUCGUCGACUACUUGAGAAGAACUGAAACCGAUGAACACUAUAUGUUACUUCAUUGCUCGUAGGUGUAACCGUGCCUAUUGCAAAAGGAAGUAUAGACAAACUACAUAUAUGUAAAACAUAUAUCCUUAGCACCAAUUGACUAAGGAAAAACACACUAGAGAACAUUGGUAUCUUAUGUACUAUAAUGAUAUGAAAUGUGAAUUAUGUUGCUCUGCGUGGUUUC